AACAAGCUAUUUCACAUAAGGGAGAGCGAUCAGGCAUUUCUACAGCGAGGCUUGCAAAUGGUAGUAUCUUCUAUGGAAAGUUCCGUAGCCGAAUGGCUGUUGCUUCUACUUCUGGAUUUUCGUGUUCCUCGUUUCUUCAAGUCACCAAUCAUUCGGAUAAAAAGACUUUGAAAAUUUUAGCAAGUUAUCCUCAGCAAAGAAGUCUAGGAAGAUGCGAGUGUUCUUCAUAUCCCUCUGUUGGUAAUUUUCUUCAGCAGAGCAAAGGGCAUUGUCUGCAUUUCGGACCUGUCAGAGUCAGUAGAACGCGUGCUUACUAUAAAUCCGAGGAAUAUGACAUAACAGAAGCUUCAUUGGACUCGUUGAACUCAGCAGAGGGGUCAGGUGAGGCUGUAUUAGUAGAAGGAAAUCUGCAGGGAACUUCUCCUUGGUGGGAGCAGUUUCCAAAGCGCUGGGUGAUUGUACUGCUCUGUUUCAUGGCAUUUUUAUUAUGCAACAUGGACCGUGUAAACAUGAGCAUUGCAAUUCUUCCAAUGUCACAAGAGUUCAACUGGAACAGUACAACGGUUGGUUUAAUUCAGUCCUCAUUUUUCUGGGGCUACCUAAUGACUCAGAUUCUUGGAGGAAUUUGGGCAGAUAAACUUGGUGGAAAACUAGUGUUAGGUUUUGGAGUCGUUUGGUGGUCAGCAGCUACCGUUUUGACUCCGAUUGCCGCAAGAAUUGGACUCCCUUUUCUGUUGAUGAUGCGUGCUUUUAUGGGGAUUGGUGAGGGUGUUGCUAUGCCUGCUAUGAAUAACAUUCUCUCUAAGUGGAUUCCAGUGUCAGAGAGAAGCAGAUCACUUGCCUUAGUUUAUAGUGGCAUGUAUCUCGGUUCUGUCACAGGAUUGGCUGUCUCUCCUGUUCUAAUCCAAAAAUUUGGAUGGCCAUCUGUCUUCUAUUCAUUUGGCUCCCUGGGAACUAUCUGGUUUGCUUUAUGGCUACAAAAGGCAUACAGCUCACCAAAUGAAGAUCCAGGGCUUAGUGCACAGGAGAAGAAACUCAUCUUCAGUGGCAGCGUGUCAAAGGAGCCUGUUUCAGUCAUUCCUUGGAAAUUAAUAUUAUCAAAAGCACCUGUUUGGGCUCUCAUUAUUUCUCACUUCUGCCAUAAUUGGGGAACCUUUAUUCUUUUAACAUGGAUGCCCACAUACUACAAUCAGGUUUUGAAGUUCAAUCUCACUGAAUCUGGUCUAUUCUGUGUCUUGCCAUGGUUGACCAUGGCUUUUUUUGCAAAUAUAGGAGGGUGGAUUGCCGAUACCCUUGUGAGCAAAGGAUUUUCCAUAACCACAGUUCGAAAGAUUAUGCAAUCAAUUGGAUUUUUAGGCCCAGCCUUCUUUCUUACGCAGCUGAGCCAUGUUAAGACUCCUGCCAUGGCUGUACUAUGCAUGGCAUGCAGUCAGGGAUCUGAUGCAUUCUCACAAUCUGGUCUUUAUUCCAAUCACCAAGACAUUGGCCCUCGUUAUGCUGGAGUUCUAUUAGGACUAUCAAAUACUGCAGGAGUGCUUGCCGGUGUCUUUGGUACUGCUGCAACUGGCUAUAUUCUCCAAAGAGGAUCUUGGGAUGAUGUGUUUAAGGUGGCAGUUGUAUUGUACAUAAUAGGCACAUUAGUCUGGAACUUCUUCUCAACUGGAGAGAAAGUCCUCGACUAGAUCAGAAAAGUGCAAGUAUACAAGGAAGAUGCAGUCUACGUAGCUAAGGAGAUCGAACCACAAAGAAAUUGCAGUACUGAGACAAAGAUGAGGGCGGAAAAAAAAAAAACAAAAAAACACCAUACAUAUGCAAUUGUAAGAAACUUCCUGAAAAUAUUAAAGGCUAAGAUGCCCAAGUUGAAGUUUUGCUGCAUGUGCCCUUAAUUUGCUGUGACAUGUUUUUGGUUGGCUUUAAAAGACUCUUUUUCUUAUCAAAUCAUGUCCUUUUCUUUCUUGCUUAA